UUUAACAAAUCUCAACCAACCAUUAAUUUCUUCUUGAUCUAGUUUUAUCAGGAAAAGCAUCAAAUCUCAGCUUUCAAUCUCUUUCACUACUGAAAAACACUACUUAGUUGUUAUUUUCUUUAAUAAUUAAAGAUGAGAUUAAGGCUUGAAUAUAGUUUGGUAUUCUAGCUGGAAAUUGAAGAAACAUAGCUAAAGUGCUGUAAAUUUCCAUGCGGAUUUCAACUUUUGGAAUGAUUGAAAGGCAACGCAGGACUUCUUGGAUUAAAAACACUAUUGGAUUCUUUCUUAUUCUUAUAUCUAUUACUGUUAUAGCACUAACAAUUGAAUGGAACGACGUUUCUGUCCAUACAGAUUCAUUGCAGAAGAAUAAAGUUGAUCUUUUCCCUGAAGUUUCUUGCUCAAUUAAGUGUCCGCGAACUUCACCAAACAAGCCUAAAUUCAGUUCAUCAUCCGAGUCCUGCCCUGAAUACUUUCGAUGGAUUCAUAAAGAUUUAAGGCCAUGGAAGGACACAGGGAUAACGCGAAAAAUGGUAGAAAGAGCACGAGAAGUAGCCCAUUUUAGAAUAGUUAUUGUAAAUGGAAGAGUGUAUUUUGAGAAGUAUAAACCAACUUUCCAAAAAAGGGACAUGGUUACAUUGUGGGGGAUAUUGCAACUUCUUAGUUUUUACCCUGGCAUGCUACCGGAUUUAGAUAUUGUUUUCGAGUGUGGUGAUCAACCAGUAACACAAAAAAGUGAUUAUGGAAAAUCAAAGGAUUCAAUUCCACCACCAUUGUUUCAUUACUGUGGAAAUGACUCGAGUUUUGACAUUGUUUUCCCUGAUUGGUCCUUUUGGGGUUGGCCAGAACUCAACAUAAAGCCAUGGGAUAUACUGAAAAAAGAUUUGCAGCAAAGCAAUGAGAUGAUUAAGUGGACAGAAAGGGAGCCUUAUGCUUAUUGGAAAGGAAAUGCAUUAUUAAGCCAAUCAAGACGUGACCUUUUGAAGUGCAAUGUCUCUAAGAAUCAGGACUGGAAUGCUCGAAUUUAUGACAUGCAAUGGGUGCGUGAACGAAGACAAGGCUAUAAAACUUCAGAUUUAGCUACACAGUGCACUCAUAGAUACAAGAUUUAUGUUGAAGGGCUUGCAUGGUCAGUGAGUCAAAAGUACAUUCUAGCCUGUGAUUCUGUGGCUCUCCUCAUAAAUCCCCACUACUAUGAUUUCUUCACAAGGAGUUUGCUGCCAACAGUUCAUUACUGGCCAAUAAAUGAGAACGACAAAUGCAAAUCCAUCAAGUUUGCAGUAGACUGGGGCAAUAAGAAUGCAGAAAAGGCACUAGAAAUUGGAAAAUCAGGGAGCAGAUUUGUACAUGAGGAGCUACAGAUGAAAUACAUUUAUGACUACAUGUUUCAUCUCUUGUCCGAAUAUGCCAAGCUUUUGAAGUAUCGACCCACUAUGCCUAGAGAAGCAGUUGAAGUAUGUUCAGACACAUUGAUUUGCUCGACGAAAGGAAUAAGAAAGAAGUUUAGGGUACAUUCCAGGGUUAAUAAUGCUUCAUCUUCAAAACCAUGUAGCAUGGCCCCUCCCUGGAGCCCCGCGGAUCUCCAAAAUUUUCUCGAGAGAAAAGAGAAUCUAACAAAGCAAGUUGAACAGUGGGAAGAAACUCAAAGUGUUUGAAACUUUCCACAUCAGGGACAUAGUAAUUGCCUAAGCUAUCUUUCUUUAAAUUUUGCCUAAAUUCAGAAGUGAGAAAAGAAGCCAUUUCUGAAUCACUGUAUAUCAGUUUUCCUCAAGAUAUAUAUGGCAGAAUAUUAUUGUUCUUUA